AUGGCUAGAACGAAAGUGUCAGCUAGAAAAAUCGCCAAGAAAGAAGCAACAAAGACUCUACCUGGAGGAAGCAAACAUCCUAUGAGACGUGUUCCUAUUCAGGGUACUACCAGACGAAGCAACAGCUCUACGCGAAAUCCGACGAUACCAAAAAUCUACCGAUCUCAUAAUACCAAAUCGCCAUUUCAAAGACUUGUGCAAGAAAUCGCACAAGAUAUUUCUUUGACUGCAGAUCUGAGAUGGCAGUCAUCGGCGAUCUUAGCUCUUCAAGAAGCUGCUGAGGCAUUUCUUGUCAAGGAGUUUGAAAUGACAAACCUCUGCGCAGUACAUGCCCAUCGAGUUACUAUUCAAGCUAAAGACAUGGAGCUAGUGGACAGACUCCGAAGAAUCAUGACUGGUCUAUUGGAUUCAAGCCUGAUAGAGAACUCUCAAUCCAAUUUUCAUAUGAACCUCAAGCACGUUAAUAUUUACCAUCAUUGGCUCCGACAAGAAGUCUCCAAGAAGCGACUGCAUAUUAAAUGGGUUGAUACAAAGCGAAUGGUGGCAGACAGCCUUACUAAGGUCCUACAUGGACAGCAGUUCCUGGAUUGGAGAAAACAUCAGGGAUUGGUGGAUAUAGCAGACCUAGUGCAGGAAUAA